AUGACACUUGCUUUUCAAAAUGGCUGCCGAACAAUGAAUCAUGAACAACCACGCAUGUUUGUAAGGUGUGUUUAGUGGUAAAUCACCCUGAAAUAGCAUUGACCUUGGAAAAAUGUUUAAUUCAAGGUAAAAUCAUUGUUUGCUUUCCUUGAAUUGAGCGCUUUUUUAUGAAUUAUGUGACUUUCCUUGAUAUCUUCAAGUUAUUGUUCUAGCUUCUACUAAGUAACAAGGGCAAGCCUAUGGAUGGAAAAUAAAUGUGGUCAGAGGUCUGUAGUUUGAAAGAAUAAUAAAAUUUGAAAAGGCAAAGCAAUUUCUUGAAAACUUAGUGAUUGAAGCCAUUGAAACAUCAAUGAAAUUGAAAGUUACCCCUGAGGAUGUACGUUUAGGUUCAGAGCCCCCCUUCCAUCUGGAUUUCCAGAGCCGUUAAGCCCCCUUUGGUGAGAUUUUCCGGCAUGCCUUCCGUCGUGGGGGUGUGGAUUUUUUGUGGAAUAACCCAAUAGAACAUACUUCCUCAGGGGCACCCAACGAUAAUUUUCGGAAAAUUAUCUGUCCGGAAGACGAUUGAGAUCUAGAAUUUUCGGAUCAUUUUCUGUAAAAUUUCUUGCUUGCCUGCCUCUCCUAGGAUUUUCGAACAUCAAAAACAUGGUAUAAUUGCCCAUUUUUAACAGAUUUUUACCCUAAAAAGGUCACCUAGAAUUUUCGGGAGCCGUUUUUCUGGCUGAAAUUUUCGAAAAGGUAAAUUUUGAUCCCUAUAAUUUUCGGAUCACUAUACUUUCAGCUAGGAAAUCCGAACAGAUGAAAACUUUUUAGGGGAUAAAAAUAAGCCUUUAUCUAUCGUUUAAAUACUAAAUUACGUUCAACAAUGCUAUGUUUAUGUGGUUUUGAACUAUAUCCUCGUUGGGUGCCCCUGCUUCCUGCCUUUUGGGGUCCAAUGUAACUGUCUUAGAGGCUCACUUUAAGAUACCUUUAACUUUGUCAUAGUUACUUAGCUUGUAAAAUGACUGACUCACUUUUACAUCUGAUGUAAAUUAUGAGUAGGUUUAUAAAUGCAGCUUUAGAUCAAGUGAGCAGCUGUACCCGUUUUCUUAGAUUUCUUAUAUUGUCUUCAUGUGCUUCAGUCCAUAGUUGUUCGUCAUAUAUCUUCUUAAUGUUCUUUUCUCUAUCUCACCUUUCCAUAACAUUGUCUGACUUAUAUGUAGAAAGGCUACUCCAAAUAAUGCUGGGAAGGGAAGAGUACCAGCAACUGAACAGUGAUCCCGAAUGAAGACAGUUGACUGAAACAUGCUGGAUUUGCGAGAUCUUUUUUCUUUUUUUUUUUCGUUUAUGCAUAUUAUUGAUUAUUUAAAUUCACUCUAGGCAAUGACAUUGAAGAUACCAGAGUGUUCAAUCUGUUUUGAACAUUACAAUGACCAAAGCAAGUGUCCUCGUCUUCUGAGUUGUGGACACAGCUUCUGCUCAAGCUGUCUGGAGAGACUUCUCCAUGGUAACACUAUUGAUUGUCCCACAUGCAGAAAUCCUGGUGCUGUUCCUACUGGAGUGGAAGGACUGUUAAAGAAUUUUGCAUUAUUGGACAUUGUGAAUGACACACCCAAAGAAAAUGUUGGGAGUAAUACAGGCUCACAUGAUUGUGAAGCUUGUGGUGAGAAGCACCCUGCAAAUUUCUGCUGCCUUGACUGCAAAGAAAACAUGUGCAAAACUGCAGCUCAGUUUCAUACUCGCAACAAGGCAAGUCGUGAUCAUCAAGUUGUCUCCCUUGAGGAACUGGAAGCAAACCCUCAGCUUGCUUCUGUUUCCCUGAUAUGCCAAAAACACAACGAUAAAUUCCGGUUUUUUGAUGAGAAAUGUGGUCAUGCAGUUUGUAGGGAAUGCGUUGCUCUUGAACACUUUGGUCACUUGUGUUUACCACUUGCUGAAGCUGCCUCAGAGUAUGGAAAAGAAGUGAAAGACUUAAUAAAAAAGACUAACGUGGAAACUGGAUCAGCAGUUGAAUAUGAACUGGAAAAGGCUCGACUUGAAAAGGAGGUGGGAUACCUACAAGGCCUCCUUAAAAAGGUAAAGUUAAAAUAA